AUGUAUCCUAAAGCCGCACUGAAAGGCUCUGCAGAAUGGGGGGUUGAUCAACCAGCACUGUGGGCAACGAAUGUUGGAAAUAGUUGGAGAACAACGGGAGAUAUUGGCGAUACGUGGGAUUCUAUCAUUGACACAAUUGAUCAAAUGAAUAAAUCUCCAUUGAUCAUUGGAACGGAUAUUCGAAAGAUGAGCAAGACAACAUUAGCGAUCUAUUCCAAUCCGGAAGUGAUCGGCAUCAAUCAAGAUCCAUUAGAAGUUCAACGGAAGAAACUUCUAGUUCUUUCUUCAUCAUUCGCUGAACAAGUGCAUCAGUUGAGAUGGAGUGUUUCUUCGCAAUGGCCACUGAUUGCAUCGAGACAACAGUGGACAUUUCACGCCGAUGAUCAAACCACUCAAUCAGCAUUUUGGGAUCAAACUUCAUCAUGCUACACCUAA